AUGAACGCAAUUAUAGCAGUCAAGCAAUACAUCACUAAAAUGGUGGAUGAUUGUGGUUCUGGCAUGAAAGUGUUACUCAUGGACAAAGAAACUACGAGUAUUGUUAGUAUGGUAUAUGCUCAAUCAGAAAUAUUACAGAAAGAGGUUUACCUUUUCGAGUCGAUCGAACAACCUAAUAGAGAAACUAUGAAACACUUAAAAGCUAUCUGCUUUAUCCGUCCCACACAGGACAAUGUAGAACUGAUUCAACAAGAAUUACAAUCUCCAAAGUAUGGAUUCUAUUAUUUAUACUUUUCAAAUCGCCUUGGCAAGCAGGCUCUAAAAGCUAUAGCGUCUGCUGAUGAACAAGAAUUAGUAAGAGAAGUUCAGGAAUUUUAUGCUGAUUAUUUUGCUGUAAACAAGAAUUUAUUCACUUUAAAUAUACCCUGUUGUUAUCAGAAUAUGUCAUGGAAGCGUGAUAAAUUAGAUAGAUCGAUUGAAGGAAUAGCUGCAUUGCUUCUAUCGUUAAAGAAAAAUCCCGUCAUAAGAUAUCAGCAAUCUUCCGAUAAUGCUAAACAAGUUGCGGAAGGACUUAAAAGAUUAAUAAAUAAGGAAGGCGCGCUGUUUGACUUUCGCAAAAGCGAUGUUGCACCUGUAUUGAUCAUUCUUGAUCGUAAAGAAGAUCCUGUCACCCCAAUAUUGAAUCAAUGGACUUAUCAAGCUAUGAUCCAUGAAUUGUUAACUAUCCGUAAAAAUGUCGUUGAUUUAUCUUAUGUGCCUGGUAUAAGUAAGGAAUUGAAGCAACUGAUUUUUUCUGGUGAACAAGAUGAAUUUUACGACAAGAAUUUAUAUAGAAAUUUUGGCGAAAUUGGACAAAACAUCAAAUCUCUGAUGGAAAAAUUUCAGGAAAAAUCGCAGCGUAGCCAAAAAUUAGAAUCUAUUGCUGAUAUGAAGGCCUUUGUAGAAAGCUACCCAGAAUUUAAGAAAAUGUCAGGGACUGUUUCUAAACAUGUUACUGUUGUCAGUGAACUAUCCAAAAUUGUUACUGAGCAAGAUUUGCUUGCAUUAUCUGAAGUUGAGCAAGAAAUUAGCUGCCAAACAUCACACUCUAAUGCUGUUGAGAUGAUAAACAAAGUACUACAUAAUGAAAAAGCAACCGAUCUAAAUCUUUUACGAAUAAUCUUGUUAUACGCUCUUCGAUAUGAACACCAUAGUGGCAAUCAGUUACACAGAUUUUUGGACGUUUUAUCUCGACGCGAUUUUCCUGAUCAGUACAAGAAGGCCAUCCAAGCUGUCCUUCAAUACGGUGGUAAAAAAUCGCGUGGUAGCGAUAUUUUUGGCGGUAACACUCCUCUGUCUAUUACCAAGAAAUUCUUUAAGGGGCUAAAAGGUGUAGAGAAUAUUUACACACAGCAUACACCUCUAGUUCAAGAUGUAUUGGAUUCCUUAGUAAAAGGGAAGUUAAGUGACGGGCAGUAUCCGUAUGCUACUGGUUCUCCUGUUAGAGAUAGGGUUCAAGAUGUUAUCAUAUUUAUAGCAGGUGGAGCUACUUAUGAAGAGGCGUAUUCCGUACAGAAUUUUUGUAGCAUUAAUCAAGGAGUUCGUGUUCUUCUUGGGGGUACCUAUGUUCACAACUUUAAAAGGUUUGUCAAAUAUUAUAUUUCUUGA